GAUGAUUUGAUUGAUACUCCUAACUUUGAUUAACUUGGUAGGUCUACACUUAUCUACUCAUAUUUAUUACAAAUAUAAUAACAUUUAAAAAUGGUUAAAGCGUGGUACAUGGAUACCGAAACCAGUGAUCAACGCUUAGAGCACCAUAAAAAUCCACCAGAGUUCAUUUCUUUGGAAGAAUUAUACAAAAAGACCGGAGUGGAGUACUUUAGCUUAAAUGUGGAUACCUACACAACAGAUGGUGUGCUGGACAAGAUAAAGAAAGACCGAGGCUACACAUACGAAGACCAGAUUGUGUGCUCCAAGGAGUGCCUGCCCAACUAUGAGGAGAAGAUCAAGUCAUUCUACAUGGAACAUCUGCAUACUGAUGAAGAAAUCAGAUUUGUUCUGGAUGGUUCUGGCUACUUCGAUGUCCGCGAUGGGUCCGACCUGUGGAUCCGGAUUGCAGUGGCGGCCGGAGACAUGAUUGUCAUCCCCAGCGGGAUCUACCACCGGUUCACGCUUGACACCAAUAACUAUAUAAAAGCGAAGCGCUUCUUCAUCGGCGAGCCGGUGUGGCUCGCGUACAACCGGCCGGCCGAGCGCGAGCCCUGCCGCGCCCGCUACCUCCGCGCGCUUCGCCAGGGCUUCGCCGCACCCAGCUGAGGUGGGAAUUUUGGGAAUUUCUCAGCCCAUGAAUCUAUAGAUAACACUGGAACCCGCACUUCCAAGAACUUCAUCUUUUUCUCAAAAUACAAACUGAACCCCUAAAUGAAAAAUGAAAUUAAAAUAGUAAAGAUAAUAUACAUUUCACAAUUGGAAAAAACAAUGAAAUAUCGUUAUAAUAAUUCGAGUCGGAACAGUCAAAUUAAUUUAAAUCAGUAUGUAGUCACAGCAAUUAGCCUCAUUCAGAUCUUCUGUGGAGCAGGAGGAUAGGAUACUUUUUAAUUCAAGGUGUAUACAUAUAUUACUAUCUCUCUCAUCUCCUUGUAACCUUAUGUAAUGCGAGUUAUAUGUAUACUUAGGUAUUACAUAUAAAUAUAACUUUCAUUGCGCAACAAGAAGUCGGGUAACAGAUGAAAGACAGUUCUUCAUCAUAAAUUAAAAAAACAGUUGAAUUAUCUAUGGCUUCAUGUGUCCUAAUCCUGAAACUGUUUUUGGGUCCUAAUGAAAAUUAGGCGUUUGACGCCAUUUUCUUCAUAUUAAAUAUAUCAUUUACAUACAUAUAUUAAUCGUUGUUAUGUAGUAUAUAAUAAUCAGUGAUAUUUUAAUUAAUACACAUCGUUAUUGUAUAGGCAUUCAAAUAUUUUUAUACACGAAACAAACAGAAUAAUGAGUAUAUAUUAGCUUCAUAUAGUUGGAUGAAAAGCUUUAAAUUUUAUCUCAAGAGUACAUACGAGUAUAUUCGUUUUAUUUCAUAAACCAUUUUAGGUUUGUUAUUUUUACUUACAGCCAAUUUUACGUCUUUUAUUUGGCUUCAAUUUGUUUUUAAGUUCAAAGCACUUUAAAAUAUGCAUAUGACAUUUACUCAUGCAGUCUCUACCAGUCAGUAGUGCGGGUAUACAGUUCACUUUUCAUUCUCUUUAUGCAUUAAGAAGCCGUCGACCGAUCGCGUUGCGUUAUGGUUGUCGCAUGGAUUUAGUAAGUACUUCAUCGGAGUACCUACUAAUUCCAUGGGUUGUCGUCACAGUGCCACACUGAUUGGUCGGCUGUGUUUCACUGCGAAAAUAUUCUACAGUGAAAAGUUAAAUGCAAAUUCGACAUAUCAGAGAUGUCUUGACCUUGUACCUACUUCUUCAGUAAAAAAAAAAACAA